AUGGCUAUGAUUAGUACAUCUCAGACUACUGAUUGUCACACAAGUACCCAUAGUACAUCCCAGAAUAAUGAUUGUCACACAAGUACCCAUAGUACACCUGAGACUACUGAUUGUCACACAAGUAACCAGUCAUCCCAGAAUACUGAUUGUUACACAAGUACCCAUAGUACAUCACAGAAUAAUGAUUGUCACACAAGUACCCAUAGUACACCUGAGACUACUGAUUGUCACACAAGUACCCAUAGUACAUCCCAGAAUACAGAUUGUCACACAAGUACCCAGAGUACAUCUCAGUUAAAUGCUCUGAGGAGACACCAAGAAUAUGGAAAAAUAUUCCGGGAACAGUUUGGGUCCCAGUACAACGUGCUGGUCUCUGACCCUGCUCUGAUGGAAGAGAUCCUGAGGACGGAAGGAAAGUUUCCCUCGCGACCACCUUACGAGUCGUGGGUUCUCUACAGCAAUCUCAGACAUAGGCGAGGAGGACUGAUGACAGCGCAGAAUGAGUACUGGAAGAAAAGUCGUAGCACCUUGGCCGUCAGACUGCGACCCAAGGCCGUGUGCGACUAUGUGCCCGGCAUGAAUCAGGUGUGUGAGGACUUUGUUGAAAGGAUUGCUUACCUGAAGGAUGACACCGGAGGCACACACCUGGUACCUCACCUUCUCAACGAACUUAAUAAGUUCUUUAUGGAAACUAUCGUGUUUGUGAUGUUAAACAAGCGACUGGGAUGUCUGGACAAAAACGUCUCUGGUCAAGUCAACGGAUUCAUUCAGGCAAUCGCUACUAUGUUUCUCACUGGCCACCAGCUCAUGGUCUUUGCCAGGUUUCACCAGAUGUUGCGGACUCGCCCUUGGAGGGACCAUGUCAAGUCCUGGGACCAGAUCUAUGAGUUUGCCGCCCAACAUGUGAAUCAACGUAUCGACGAAGUGAGCACAGAGCUGGAGACGGGCGGGCCGCCCCUGGAGGGCGAGCACGUUGAUUUCCUCAAGUACGUGGUCGGCACCAGACAGCUGACCAGGGAGGAGAUUGUCGACAAUGUCAUUGAGGUUUUCAUGGGCGGCAUCGACACGACUGCUAACGCUACGGCAUUCCUCUUCUACCUGUUGUCCAAACACGAAUCAGUGCAGACUCGACUGGUGGCAGAAAUUGACAGUCUGCUAGGGAAACGACAGGCAGACAGUUCAGAUCUUCAGCAGCUACCUCUCCUGAAAGCCUGUGUUAAAGAGACGCUGAGAUUGUUCCCGCCGAUUCCCAUCAAUGCAAGAACCACAACCGAGGACGUUGCUAUCGGCGGAUACCACAUACCCAAAAAUACAAUCUUAAUGAUGAACCUCUACGUGGUGUCACGUGACGAGACAGUGUUCCCGGAGCCAGACGAGUUCAGGCCAGACCGGUGGCUGAGGGGGGAGGAGACCAGUGCUCAUCCGUUCUCGCUGAUACCUUUUGGGUUUGGAACCAGGAGUUGCGUGGGUGAGUUCGGUGCUGUUUCUCUCGUACUCCAACACUUCAGGCUACAAAAAAGUGACUUGUUUGACAUCAAGCCUUCAGUUAGGACACAGCUCACACCAGGACCCGAACUGCCCGUCAUGUUUGUACAACGCUAG